UCAGAGCAGUGUGAUGUCUGAUAACACAUCACUGCCGUCUGUGUCUAACGCGUCUCUCCUGCCUCCGCUGACGGACUGGAGGGCGCCCUCCUUCACUCCCGCGGCUCAGGCCCGUGUGGCGGCCACCAUGGUGCUCUUCCUGUUCGCUGCAGUCAGUAAUCUGGCGCUCCUCAUCAGCGUGUCACGCGGUCGCGGCCGGCGUCUGGCGUCUCACCUGCGUCCUCUCAUCAUCAGCCUGGUGUCCGCUGACCUGAUGAUGACCUUCAUCGUGAUGCCGCUGGACAUGGUGUGGAACGUGACGGUGCAGUGGUACGCCGGAGAUGGACUCUGUAAGCUGCUGUGCUUCCUGAAGCUCUUUGCCAUGCAAACCUCUGCCUUCAUCCUGGUGGUCAUCAGUCUGGACCGGCAUCACGCCAUCCUGCACCCACUGGACUCAUUGAACGCCCACCAGAGGAACCGCAGGAUGUUACUGCUGGCCUGGAGCCUCAGUGCGCUGAUCGCAUCACCACAGCUGUUCAUCUUCCGGACAGUCAAAGUGAAGAGCGUGGACUUCACUCAGUGCGUUACUCACGGGAGUUUCCACGAGCGCUGGCAUGAGACGGCGUACAACAUGUUUCAUUUCGUGACGCUGUACGUGAUUCCCCUGCUGGUCAUGAGCUGCUGUUACACCUGCAUCCUCAUCGAGAUCAACAGACAGCUGCACAAGAGCACAGAGGGCGAGUCUCUGAGACGCAGCGGCACAGACAUGAUCCCGAAGGCCCGGAUGAAGACGCUGAAGAUGACCAUCAUCAUCGUCCUGUCGUUCGUGGUCUGCUGGACGCCCUACUAUCUGCUGGGCAUCUGGUACUGGUUCCAGCCGGAGAUGCUGAAGGUCACGCCCGAGUACAUCCAUCACCUGCUCUUUGUGUUCGGGAACCUGAACACCUGCUGCGACCCGGUGAUCUACGGUCUUUACACGCCCUCGUUCCGCGCCGAUCUGGCCCGCUGCUGGCGCUGUCGGACCCCUGCAGAGUCUCCACGCUCUCUGGACCGGAUCCCACACGAGAACACCAGUCCGACACGGCCAGCCUGAAGAGCUCUUACACCUCAUCUCAAACUCACCACGAUGAAGCGAUGGAGCUCCAUAAUGAACCAGACUCUGAGCCGCUGCAUGGAGCGCCGCGGGGUUCAUACACAACUAAUGAAAAGAGCUCAGAGCAGAUUUACCCAGAAGCCUCUGCAGUUUUAGAAUAACUUCACAGAUUUCACAGCGUGCUUCUGUUAUUAAAGCAGCUGGACGCACUGAAACGUCUGUGUCAAACUUGUUUUGUAUGUUUACGCUGUUGAUCUGUGUCCGUUUGCGUCCAGAGUGCAUUUCAUCAUUAUUUAGCCAUUUUUUUGCCUAAAAAUAUUGACUGGCAUUUAAUCUGGUCCACUUUACAGCUCAUUCUGACCUAGAAUUGCCAAUGUAAUCACUGAAAAAGUGCUUCUUUAUCAUUAUUUUAGCUUGAAAUGCUAAAUUACACACUUGUUUAAUCUAAUGAAUAUCUGCUAAUGGGGUCGUUAAUACAUGCAAUUAAACACAGUCAACCUGACCAUGCCUUCUGUUCUUAGUGCUGCAAACACACACUAUCCACUAAGGAGAAGGGAAGGCGAGUUAUGUUUAAUGGAUUGAAUGCAGGUAAAGUGGCAGACUAAGAGCUUUCUGGGAUCCCAGGAGUGUCACACUUCAGAGUCUGACACAGAUGCACACACACUUCAGAUAAACACACAGGAACUCAUGAAUUCUACUUUUGUCAAUGCUAUUUACA